AGCGGGAAUGAGGCUGUCAGGAGAGUAACGCUCUGGUUUGUGGUUCUCCACCACCAUAUCAGAUGUCAGUGACGUCAUCAGUGUCGGGCGCGGAGGGCGCAGAGGGCGCGGCGGCCGACAUCAUCGACCUGGAUCGCUACAUGCGCGCCGCGGUGCGGCCUUCCGCCGGACGCAGAGGCGAGCGUCUGGUGGUGGACGCGGGCGCGGCGGGCAGUAGCAGCGGUUCGGACGUGCCGCGCCUGCCGCCCGCCGCCGCAUACAAGCGCUUCUCGCACGACUCUGGUGUCUCCGACGGGAGCUAUGUCCGCCGCAAACAGAGGCCUAACAGACGCCCAGAGCUACGGCCUCGUGAAUCAAGUCGCCAUUCAUCAUCUUCCAUACGCGAAUUCAAAGCGGUCUGCGAGCGGGCGCUCCGCGAGCAACAGGAGCAGAUAUCGCGCGUGGCUCAGCUGUGUGAGCGUCUCGCUCAGCCGGAGCGGGAGCGGCCUGAGCGAGCGGGACACACCGAGCGGGGGCGGGACGGGCCACCGGAGCGCGACCGAGCCAGACGUCCGAGUCGCAGCGGGCGGUCCCGGGUGCGAAGCGAGUCAAGCGACGUCUCCAGCACCAGUCAGAGCUCGCACGACCAUCGGAGAAAGGAUAAGUUCAGUUCAGACUCAUGCAAAACAUACAAGAUCAUAAUGACAAAGCUGGACGAACUGGGUCGCGCGUUCGCGGCGCGCCGGCAGUUGUCACCCGCAAGCCCCAUAGCGCGCCGUCCACCCUCAUCUGCAUCCGUGUCGGUGUGCGACAAAUUCGUCGCAACGGAGCCCGACACUAAAGCUGGGAGGAGUUUAUCACCAACGAUACAAACGGUGUACACAAGCGCGGUAUCGGAGCGGCGGCGGCUGCAGACCGCGCGCGGCGCCGCGCUCGACAUCGCGCCCGCCAACCGUAACAACGUUGUUAUACACAGCAUAGUGAAAAGUGACUGCACUUCAGUGUGCUCGGCCAGAGAUCUCAACCAGUGCGGGUUCGACCUCAACGAUCCUGUGCAUGUAAGAGGCAAAAUCACUCUGUUUUUAGUUUAG